AUGACAAAUGGCACUCAAGAGGUGUCACUGCCAAUACUAGAGCAGGACGUGAAGGAUUGGAGCAAGCCUGUUAGUUGCGGAUUUAAGUUCUUUGAGAAGGGCGGGACCACCAAAAUCUUCGCCGCUUCAAUCUCCGUGAGCUCUAUUGCAACUCAGCCCGCAUCAAUCUUUGCUUCGGCGUCGACCGUUACGUAUGAGCGCACCACGACAAGCGCGUCUGCUUCGGGUACGGCAUCUACCCCCGUCAACACAGGCAAUACAGUACCGCCAACCGUGACGCCCACCAGUUCAGUAGUCACCACAGAUUCAAGCGACAUUGCUGGUCUGUCUACAGAAGCGAAGGCUGGCAUCGACGCCGGCAUUGGUGUAUACGCGUUGCUUGUCGCGGCAGCUGCAUACCUGUUCUAUCGCAACCACCGCAAGCUCAAAGACCUCAACGCACGACUUAGCUAA